GAGCCCCAGCGCCCGGUGAGCUGGGGGCGGGGCGCGCGGAGGGCGGAGCAGAGCAGGGGAAUCCUCUCCCGGCUCGCAGCCGCCCGGCACAGCCUCCCGGCCGUCCAAAGGCCCCGGCUCCGGGGGCGGCAGGACGUCGACGAGCCGGGCCCGCGGAGCGGCCCGCGAGCCAGGGUCGUCCCAGCGCCGGCAGCGACGCGCCUCGGCCUUCCCGGCCCCGCUGCUCCCCCGCCGGCCGGUGGCCGAGCGCCAUGCAGCCGCCGCCCGCCCCGCGCGCGUAGGCGCCCGCCACAGGCCAUGCUGCCCCUGCUCGCCGCGCUGCUGGCCGCCGCCUGCCCGCUGGCGCGCGGCGGGGCCGCGGCCGCCCCCGGCCUUCCCGGGGCGCCCCCCAACGCCUCGGCCAACGCGUCCUUCGCCGGCGACGCCGCCGCCCCGCGACUGCCGGCCGCGGCGGCCUCGGCGCCCCCCGAGCGCUCGGGCCCGGAGGAGGCUCCGGCGGCGCCCUGCAACAUCAGCGUGCAGCGGCAGAUGCUGAGCUCGCUGCUCGUGCGCUGGGGCCGCCCGCGGGGCUUGCAGUGCGACCUGCUGCUCUUCUCCACCAACGCGCACGGCCGCGCCUUCUUCGCCGCCGCCUUCCACCGCGUCGGGCCGCCGCUGCUCAUCGAGCAUCUGGGGCUGGCGGCCGGCGGCGCGCAGCAGGACCUGCGGCUGUGCGUGGGCUGCGGCUGGGUGCGCGGCCGCCUGCGAGCCCCCGCCGGGGCGCCCACCGCGCUGCCCGCCUACCCCGCCGCCGAGCCCGGGCCGCUGUGGCUGCAGGGCGAGCCCCGCCACUUCUGCUGCCUGGACUUCAGCCUGGAGGAGCUGCAGGGCGAGCCCGGCUGGCGGCUGAACCGCAAGCCCAUCGAGUCCACGCUGGUGGCCUGCUUCAUGACCCUGGUCAUCGUGGUGUGGAGCGUGGCCGCCCUCAUCUGGCCGGUGCCCAUCAUCGCCGGCUUCCUGCCCAACGGCAUGGAGCAGCGCCGGACCACCGCCGGCGCCCCCGCGGCCGCCCCUGCCGCCGUGCCCGCGGGGACCACCGCUGCCGCCGCCGCGGCCGCCGCCGCGGCCGCCGCCGCCGCGGCCGUCACCUCGGGGGUGGCCCCCAAGUGACCCCCGCGGCCGCGCCGCGUUCGCGCCCCUGCGCGCCUUCCUCGCCGGAGACGCGGCCGGCGCGCUUCGUGCUGUCCUGAGUGUCCGUCCUUUUCCCGGGAGAGAACCGCGGAGAGGCCCAGGCGAGGUGGUAGGCGAGGUUUGUGCUGCGCUUCUGGUUCGGAAAAGCAGGGACAAGCUCUCGGACUGAAGGGUGGGAUCCAUGCGUGGCUCGAGGACACGAGGGAAACGGGCUCUUCCCCUGCGGCACCCUUCCCUGCGCCCACAUGCCCUUUAUUCAUGGCAGAAAGUGACCAGAUCCUGUGUAUUUGUUUUAUAUAUUUAAUAACUGUUUUAAAUGAAAGUUUUAGUAAAAAAAAAUACAAAACAAAAAGAUUAACUGCUAACGCUGUGUAACAGGAGCUCUUUGUAUCUGAAUAUAGUUGUACUUGAAGCUUCUUCUUAUUUAUUUAAAAAAGGGUGGCGGGGCCAAGGGAAGAAUUUGACACGGAUUUAUUGUUACUGCUUUAAAAAGAACUUAAGAAUCUUUUUUCAAGUGGAUCUAUUCAGUGACACGGCCUGGUGGGCGUUUCUUCUUGUAUUGAUGUGGUUUUCUGGCUUUUAAUACAGACGUUUUCCUCCAGAAA